AUGAACAACAAAAUUACUUUUCUGAGUGCAAUUGUCAUAGCAAUUGUUGGGAUUGCUGUCUCUAAACUUCAUAGCGAAAAUAUAAAUAUUGUAAACAACUCAGAUUCUCAACUAUCUCUCGAAAUCCUCCGCAAGGCAGCAUGCGAUUCUGACCUCUUAAGUUAUAGUGACACUCGCUGCCAAACUUUCCACUCUCCAAAUGAAAAUAACUGCCAAGUAGCUGUAAGCUUUGCAUCUAUGAUUGAUUUAAGAGUUCGCUUAAGUGAAGUCGUCAAAUUUCUAAAUCCUCCUCAGCAAGCAAAAUAUCACACUGCAAUAGCAAACAAACAAGAGUUUGUGGAGACAUUAGCGAGUUGCUUUUCUGAUGGUACUGCUGCAGAGUUCCGAGUAGACAAAGCAACUUAUGAUGAAAUCCUAGGAAUUAUCGACAAAGUUCAUUCACAUAGGAAUUUAGGAGGGAAUGCAAUGAUGAUGGCUAUUAGAUUGGCUCAAGAAGGCUGCAAAACCUUUAUAUCAAGUCCAUUGACUGCAGAAAUGACGAAUUAUUUCCAUUCAAGGCUGAUACCGCUAAAUGACCUCAUUGAAGUGUCUGAUUAUCAUAUUGUGUUUGAAUAUGCUGAAGGAGAAACAUGGGGGAAAUUUACAGCCCCACGCAGUAAUAGAUUUUAUGCAAACCAUGAUAUUGAAAAUACUCAUCCAAAAGCUUUCUCUGGGCUGGAAAAUCUAGGAGCAAAGGUAAAUUUGGUGGCAAUUGGAGGACUACAGCUAAUCCAAGGCUCGGAGCAUGAAAAAGAGUUCAUUAAAAGCAUGAUAAAAGUGAUUGAUAAACUUAAUAGCCAGAAAGUUAAGAUACAUGUGGAAAUGGGAGACUUUCAUAACAACCAGUUCUAUGAAGAGCUUCAAAAAAUCUUCAUCAAGGCUGAUUCAAUUGGACUAAAUGAACAGGAACUAGGGAAGCUGCUGAGCUAUUUAACUGGAGAGAAAUUCAGAGGAUACCCAUCAAAAGCGACUUUAGAAGUAUAUUUGCCGGAUCUUGAACGACUGAUUAUAGUAUUAAAGCAAAAAGGCUUUCAAACCAACAGAAUUCACUUGCACACCGUUUACUCCCAGGUAGUUUGCUCAACUUCAGAUUGGUCAGAACCUCUCAUUUCUGCAGCAAGAUCAGCUCUUCUUUCAGGUCAAUAUGCCUGCAACACAACAGACAUCCAGCUUUCCACAGUCAAGUUCUUCAAAGGCUCAGUUUCCAUCCACUCAGAAAACAAGCAGCAAACAGCAGAAUUUGGAGCUGGAAAAGUAACUCACUGCUGAAACCCAAUCGGCGAAAUGAGAUGCUGUUUAGCCCUAGUUCCUACCUGCACUAAGGUUGUCCAAGUUACCGCUCUCGGUGACAACAUCUCCGCCACUGGUUUGGCUUAUCACAACAUCAUCAACCAAGUCUAA